CUCACAAACACACAACUAAUACAUACCCACAACCAUACAAUACUCGCUAUCAAGCGAAUAAUACUGUAGGACAACUAUCUACACUACACAGGUUAACAUAAUCUAGUCAGAAUGCCACGUAAGAAGCCCACACGCUCUUCCGAUGUUAUCGGUAACAUGGAUCUCAAGCCUGAAGAGGCUGUGGCUGACUACUUCCUUUCACGCCAGCAGGACCGCUUCUUUGUGAAACCACCGAACUGGGACUCGCCUGGGGAUUCUAUUGAGAUGUUGUUCAUUUCCAAUCAGCGAGAGUACGAGCAAAUGUGUGUUCUGAAGAGCGAGGUGUUCAAAAAUGCAAAACGCCAGGCCGAGAUCAACUGCACUCGCAUUCAGAAAAUGUACAAGACCCAGGAUCGGUUGCGGAAACGGUUCAUUGAGGUGAACAGCUUUAUCAAGGACUGCGCGGACAAGAGGCGUAGUGCUGAGAAGGCUAUUCAGCAUGAGAGUGAACUUCACGAAGAACUAACGGGUGGCAUCGAUGAAUGCAAUAGCUCCAUUAAAGAACUGGAUGCAUUUCGCAACGACCUAAAGCGAACGGUUAAGGAAUUCGAGCCCUACGAGCGCGUCUUGGAUGAUGUUGUGAAGGUAUCGGACAUAUUUGAGUCUCCAAAAGAUUGCAUGGAUCGGUGCGAUGCACUCAUGCUCGCCCAAGUGGAAAUCAACAAACUGGAAAUGCAGAAGAUACAAGAAAUUGAGGAAAUGCGCAAAACUAUGCUCAAAGUCACCAACGAAGCAGCCCUAACUGUUUUGGGUCUUAAGAAUGAUUUGGCCAAACUGGAGCGUUCCUACAAUAAUUCGCGUACUAUGUGCCUGAAAAUGGAAAAGAUCUUGGGCACUACCAAGGAUACAGUCACUAUGAACGACCUGGACAAAGACCGAACCUUGGAUUGCGUUCAAAUUUUGUACCGUCUUCUGUGCAAACGACGCGAUAUAGAUGCUAGCUUUAGCCGUCGCGAUGUGGAAAGUUCGAUGGACUUCAUAAAGCGAGAGGUUGAACUUCUAGUUAGGGUUCUGCGAAAGAUUAAAGCGCAAAAAAGUUCCAAUAAACCCGAAAAGCCCACAACACAUGAGGGCCCGCCAUGCUAAAACCUUGCUGAUUAUGUUAGCAAGAGUGAAGUUUAAGUUAUUUAAAGCAAUGCAUAUCUAGAUUAGAACAUAUUAAAACAAACAAAUAAAAGCCACUAACAAUAUUUUGUACAAUA